UAGAUAUAUCACUCUCAGUCUCUGUCUCCACCAGGCUGCAUUUUAAUACUGGAACACUGGAAUAAUUUGGGAUUAGCUUGCAUUUAUUUAACUUGAAGAAGACUAUCUAUGUGUGUUUACCAAGAAUAGGUGGACAUCCAAGACUGUGGCGCACUAGAGAAGGAACGAGAGACCGAAGAAGGAGCAUUAAAGAGGGGGAAAGCCUCUUUUGAGUAAGAGGAGGAAGAGAAGUCCAAGAUCGAAGAUCUCAUGUCACACUACAACGGGGGACAUUUCAACCCUGCCUACCAUGACAGCGAAACACUGGAGGUCGACAGGAGCCCCUCCAGGAACAAACACCAGCACAGUAAUCCCUACGCCCGAGAGGCCAAUGCGGGCGGGCAGAGAGGUUGGCAGCAGCCAGAGGGCCGCCCGGCGGGCUACGACGACGCCCUGGAGAAGGUGCCCUGGGGGGGCUGGCAGGAGGGCAGCUGGAGGGGCAGGGACAGCAUCCCCAUGGGUCUCCUUUCGCCCCGACCAGAGAGCCCCAAGUGGCUGCAGCAUGAGCUCAACCACAGUACGUUCCAGAUAGAACCUGCGGCUCAGUAUGAUCCUUCCCCUUCCGUACGACAGCUCUCUGCAUUCACAGGUAAUAUGACAAUGCGUUGGAGGGGAAUGAGAAGGAUGAGUCUAUUCCCUGGUGGAGAGGCUGCCAUGAGUAAUCUGGGCUUGACAGAGCACGCCAUCAGAGCUGAGAUCGAGAACGAGGAGCAGGACCUGGUGAAAGAACUGGUCGCCCUGUCCACUCGCGACAGAAUACGUGCCAUCCAAGGCCUCCCCAUGAGCUUCGAGGACAAGAAGCACAUCAGGAGCCAGGUUCUGGCCUUCAAGUCCUCGGAGCGUGCUCGCCAGUUCACCUGCUUUGCAGAAUGCACAGAGAACAUGUCGUUGUCCUUCCGCAGGUGCGGCAUUCACAUGACCUCAGCCCGGCAGGCCUUGAAGAUCUGGCAAGGGACGUUCAAGGAGAUUGGCGGCAAGUUCGGAACUGGCGUCCUCUCCUACUUCCUGUUCCUCAAGUGGCUGCUCAUGCUCAAUUUCUUCUCCUUCCUGGUCAACUUUGGCUUCAUCACCGUCCCUCAGCUGGUGCAUAACGCCACAGCCAGCUUCACCGUGGACUUCCAAGGGCUGGAGUUGCUGACCGGAGCGGGUCACUUCACGAACACCGUGAUGUACUAUGGUGCAUACAGUCACGAGACCACAGGGUCAGCUCCUACAAAAUACAACAUGCAGUUGGCCUACUUCUUCACCAUAGCAGCCUACAUGGUCUUGUGUGGAGGUGCCCUGAUAUACAGCAUGGCCAGUUCAUUCAAAAGGAACUACGUCCUGGCUGACCCGACAUCCGGCGGCGCCUGGACGCUCCUCUGUACCUGGGACUUCAACGUGACCAACGAGAGAGCGGUCAGACAGCGCAAGAACAACCUCCGCGUCCAACUCAAGGAGUCUCUGUCGGAGAAUGCUCAUGUGGCCUACCUGCCCAUGUCUGAGAGGCUCAAACACCUGGGGGUCCACUUGGCUACCUGGGUGUUCUCCACGGUCCUGGCACUGGGCUGUGGCGCCGCCGUUUACUUCCUGUGUCAGUUUGACAGAGAGCAAGUGUCGGUUUCCAACUCUCUGGUGGACGAGGCCGCCACCCUCCUCCUCCCGUUCGUCGUGUCCCUCAUCAACCUGGUCGUCCCUCUCUUCUACUCGCUGGUCAACAAGUUCGAGCACUACUCCCACCCGCGCAUGCAGAUCUACGCCAUCAUAGUCAGGAAUGUCAUUUUGAAAAUGUCUAUCUUGGGAAUACUCUGCUACUACUGGAUGAAUGAUGUGGCCAAUGACAAUAGCUUGCCUUGCUGGGAGUCUGUUGUUGGGCAGAACUUGUACCGGUUGGUCAUUGUUGACUUCAUCUUCCUGAUGUUGGGCUCCUUUUUUGGAGAGUUUCUCAGAAACGUCAUUGGGACCAAAUGCCUGCCCAACUUGGGGGUUCCAGAGUUUGAUGUUGCUAGGAAUGUUCUAGACCUCAUCUAUGCACAGACAUUGGCGUGGAUUGGGAUCUAUUUCUCUCCCCUCCUGCCCGUGAUUCAGAUCAUCAAAUUCUUCAUCCUGUUCUACCUGAAGAAGGUGAGCCUGACCCAGAACUGUCAGCCCCCCCGGAGGUCAGGCCGGGCGGCCCAGAUGCAGACCAUCUUCAUCGCCCUGCUCUUCUUCCCCUCCUUCCUGGGAGCUCUCUCCAUGUUGGCCCACACCGUCUGGAGUCUGCCUCCGUCGAAGCAGUGCGGUCCAUUCCGGGGCCUCAGCACAACCUUUGACGCCGUGUCCAUUUGGAUGGAGAGCGAGCAGACCGUCUCUGGUUCUCAGUGGUUUGUGUGGAUCUACGAGAACGUCGUCAGGAGCGAGGUCUUCUACUUCCUCAUUGCCCUCAUCAUCAUAGUUUUCAUAUACAUCCUUUGGCAGAUCACAAAGGGACGCAAACUGCUCAUUGUUCUCCUCAAGCAGCAAAUUGUUAAUGAAGGAAAGGACAAGACUUUCCUGUUAGAGAAACUCCAGGCCCUUCAAAAAUCAAACCAAAACAAGCAAAAACCAAAAAAGGCUAAACAGUCCAAAAGAAGACAAGAUGACCAGUCCAGUGGUGGACAGUCAUCGUCCAAUGCCCUGUUCCAGGCCCUGCUAGCCCGACAACGAUUGGAAGAGGAGGAAAACGGAGUAGGCUACAAUGGCGCGAUUAUUCCCUCAGAUAUCUCGGUGUCCACGACAUCCAGCGCCAUGAUGCAGGCCAUGCUAACCAGGCAGAAGGCCGAAGAACAGGAUGUAGCCGAUUAUUACGGGGCGCCGCUUCCAGGCCACAACGCAAACUCCAAACCUAGUGCUCUGAUCCAGGUCAUGCAAGCUAGGCAGAGGGCAGAAGAAGAAGAUGCUCCUUUCGGGGCACAGGUUUCUUCCCAGGACCCCAUGUCAACCAGGUCCAGUGCCGUGGAACAGGCAAUGCGCGCUCGACAGAAAGCAGAGGAGGAGGAGAACGUCUUCCGGAUCCCCGCUCCUCCGGAGAACCCAGCCCCGUUAGGGUCAAGUGCACUUAUACAGGCCAUGCUGGCUCGUCAGCAGGCUCAGAAUGAGUACGAUGAUGGAUACUGAGCUGAGCGAAGCAUGGGCUGUAGUGAACCACGGAGACAGGAAGUAGAACAGGAAAUGGACAGAUGGGACACAGGAAAUGGACAGACAGGAAAAAGGACACUUGAAAUUUAAGCAAACGACGCAUAGUAUCCAGCAUAAUGAGGGUGCUGGCCAUCUCUAUUGUUUAUUAGUUCUUUGAACUUACAGAAUGUGAAAUUGUUAACUGGUCCAACUAAUGAUGUACUUACUGUAAGUCGCUUUGGAUAUGAGUCUGCUAAAUGACUACAUGUAAAUGAUCAAACAAAACAAAAACUAAAUUUAGAAAAAUGUAUGUUUUAAAUGAAAAAUGUCGAGGUAUGGAAAUAACGUGCAUUGUACGCACACACUUUUGAGCCAAUCAGUGGCUGAACCUGUUAUCUGUCAACGUAAAGC